GCUCGCAACUCUAAAGGAAGCGUCUCGUCAGCAGAGACGGACUCUGCGCAUGAAAACCUAAGCGAAAAGACACGUUUUGGAGCUACUUCUGUGGGUUUUUUUUUUUUUAAAGACUCAUCUGACGCACAGGACUGCAGGCUGGACACAGAAACAAUUACAAUGAGUGGAAAAUGAAUGGGCCGCACCAAGGAAGAAGAGAUGAAUGCUGAUGUUGCUGUUUUUCCAUCCAUUCACCCGUGGACUAAAAUCCCCACCUCAACCUGCCUGAACCUCACAGCCUCUGACACUCCUGCAUGGAUCUUCCCUUCCCCUCUUCCUGUUCAGAACUCCUCCCGUCCUUCUUGUGAGAAAAUGUAUACCGGUGAACCUGACCCAUCCCUGGACCCCCAGUACUCGGAGGCCCAGAUGGACUUCUUCCACAAGCUCGGUUACUCCACGACUCAGGUUAGGGCUGUUCAGCAGAAGUUCGGCCCCAACACGGACACAGAUAAGGUUCUGGGGGAGCUGGUGAGGAUUUGCCCCACUCGGGAAGCCGUGCAGGGGGUGGUUACCACAAUGUCGGUGCUGGUGCCCAGAGGGGACAGCCAGGCUGUGGGCCCCACCCUGCAGCUGCCCGUUACUGUAUCAUCUCUUCAGAGCAGAGAGGAGAACUGUGAGGAUGAAGACGCCCUGAGACCCAUCGUUAUAGAUGGCAGCAACGUGGCCAUGAGCCAUGGGAACAAGGAAGUUUUCUCGUGUCUGGGAAUCCAGUUGGCUGUGAACUUCUUCCUGGACAGAGGCCACACUGAAGUCACUGUGUUUGUUCCCUCAUGGAGGAAGGAGCAGCCCCGGCCAGAUGUUCCUAUCACAGAUCAGCACAUUCUGCGAGACCUGGAGAGGAGGAAGAUCCUGGUGUUCACACCGUCACGGCGCGUCGCGGGCAAACGGGUGGUCUGCAACGACGACUGCUUCAUUGUCAAGCUGGGCUUCGAGUCUGACGGCAUCAUCGUGUCCAACGACAUGUACCGGGACCUUCAGGGAGAGAAGCCGGAGUGGAAGCGCUUCAUCGAGGAGAGGCUGCUCAUGUACUCCUUCGUUAACAACAAGUUUAUGCCUCCUGAUGAUCCUCUGGGCCGCCAUGGACCGACCCUGGAGAACUUCCUGCGGAGGUUUCCAAAGACUCAGAAAAAACCGCCGUGCCCGUAUGGAAAGAAAUGUACAUAUGGAAUCAAGUGUAAAUUCCACCAUCCUGAGCGAGCCAAACAGUCCAAUCGCUUAGUUGCCGAUGAGCUUCGGGAGAACGCUAAGCACCCGCCGACUGCUCAGAAACAACCUUCAGCUUGCUCCAGUCCUGUGCCUGGACAGAGCCUCCUGCUGGUGGAGGAUAUGGCCAAGAAACUGACUCUGGGACAUGAGAGUGGGUCUGUAAAGAAAGAUCAUAGAAAUGAACAUGUAGCUCAGGUGAAGACGAGUCACCGUUCCAACAAGAGGGCCACAUCUAGAAAGGAGAAGACCGGCCAACACUCGCCAUCUGAUCGCGGCUCAACGCGUGACGGUGGCUCUCAUGAGCAGCUGGACUCUGGUUUAGGUUCUAUAGAUGGUCCGCCAAUGGAGGCUCCCUGGAGUCUAUGUGAUCACCAGUAUGGGGCGACAUACAGGAGCUGCCAGCAUGCGCACAACAGUACUGUACGACAACAGUACUGCCCUCCAAAAAGUGCACCGUGCAGCUGCUGCUCACAUGGUCCUCCCUCUCAGGGUACCGCACCAGCUUUCCAGCACCACAGUCAGCAUCAGAGCAUCGGGCCAGUCAGCAACCACAGCUCUGAUAUGAUCCCUUAUAGUCCGCCCCAUUUCCCCAGCUACAGUGCAUACCAGGUCAGCAUGCUUGCGUACAGUCAGCCGACAGACUUCCAGCACAGCAGAGUCCACAAUCACCAGCAGCAGACGUACUGGUCUGAUCCGUUCGGGGGUCACCCCCCGGCUGUCCUCAGCCUACCAGGGGAGCACUCAAAGUGGGAGCCGCCUCAGGGUACACAACUGAGUCCCAGCAGGGAGGAGAGAGAGGUCGUCCGGAAGAAGCUUCUCGCUAUCUUCAGUGCCCGCUUGGUGGACACGGCCAUGGACAUGUUUCCUCAGAUGAUGGAUCCACAGAUGCUCGUCGCUAAGAUCCUCAUGCUGCAGAGUCAGAACCGGUCGCUGAGAUGAGACGAGCCCAGCCUGAACCCACGUCUUUCAGUGGAAAGACUGCAGAAAUUGUGAUAACCAUGAGUUAGUGUAUUUUUGUAUUGUGGUAUCCACCUUACUGUAAAUUUUAUUUGAAUGCCUUUGUGAACUGGAUGAAAUAAGAGGCAGUAUGUGGUUGAUGCAAAUUGUAUCUUUAUUUAAGUGUAAAAAGAAAAGCUGAUUUUUAUGCCACUUAACUGGGUUGUGUCAUAUUGGCACUGUGCACCAUUUAUGUUCUCAUAGCCAACUACUGUAAAGGAUUGGGCAAUAAUUAGCCUGUGCCAACCCUUCAUAAGGUGUCAUGAUAAAAUAACAAUGUUGAGUUAUUGUGAUUCACAAUUAAUAAAGCAACGCUUGCGGUGAAUAGUAAUUCACCUCACAGAUUUGAAACUGAAAACUGGAUUUAUAAUGCUUUAUAUUCCCGGUUUUGAUUAUUUAAUUUCACGUUUUCGUGUUGGUUUUUACAACAGUUUGUAUUGCUCAGGAUAGUUUAACCAAGGUGUACCUGUGUGUAAUUUAUAGCUAUGUUAAUACACGAUUACUGAUGAUUGACUUAACAUGCCAAACAAUCCCUGCUGGGAAACUGCUUUGUUACAAUUGUUCAACUCUCACUUAGAAAAGAGGAAAAAGUAUAUAUUAGUAUAAAAAUAAAAAUAAUGAUAAAAACUACUAUAAAAUAGUAACAGUAAUAAAUAUACAAUAAGUGAACAGAAAAAUGUACAAAGACAAAUAUGUAAAAAGUAAUGUCUGAGAUAGAAUCACAGUAUGAACAAAAGUUCAAAGUACAUUAACACUGUUAAUUUCACAGGAAAUUAGUUUGACAGCAGUUUAACAGCAGAGCACUGAUAGAGAUUUACAGAAAGAGGAGGAACUGUAUAUCUGGAUGAACAGUGGUGUUCGGUGGGGCUGUUAGUUGAUAUGAAUUUCGCUGUUAUGAAAUGAAAAUAAACAUUCAGUUCUGAAG